AUGACGCGGGCGCGGAAGCAUGUGAAGGCGAGUGCGCUGGGCGAGCGUGUGAGUGUGGGCGAGGGCGAGCAGAUUCUGCGCGUCGUGGCCCCCUGCGGCAGCAACCUCAUCGAGCUGGAGGACGGUAGUGGCACGGCCAUGCUGUGCAUGCUGCCCGCCAAGUUCCACCGCAUGCUGUGGCUCAAGAGAGGCAGUUUUGUGGUGGCAGACGUGAGUGCAGCAGAGGAGGUGGAUAAGGCGGGAGGGAGAGUGAGAGGCAGCAUAACGGCUGUGCUGUUUGAUCAUCACAUUAAGGAGCUUGUAGCCUCCAAUCAAUGGCCAGAGGCAUUUGCAGAGGCAGUGGUCAAAGAAAGAGCCGGAGCAUCAGCAGCAGCCCCACUGGAGCAAAGCCAACAGGAGCCGCAAAAGCAAGGUGCAGAGCGCAGCUCAGCUGGAGAGGAAGGGCAGGGUUUGCGGAGUUCCCGAGGUGGUGCAGAGGAGGGGAGAGAGGAGUCAACGCAAAGGACAAGAGGAGAUGGGCAGGAGAAGGAAGAGGGUGUGGGAGAGGAAGAGGAAGGUGACGAUGAGGAGGACGAUGGAUUGCCUCCUUUGGAGAGGAAUCCAAAUCAUCGACCAAUGUUUGUGGAGGAGGAUGGUUCAGAUGAAGACAGUGAAGAGGAGUAA